AGUUGUGACAAAUUCAAAAGGUGAGAAAGUUGAAAUUCUUUGGAAUGUUUAAGUAUUGGAGGGAUUUAGCUAAAUUACCUGUUGAUUUUGCACCAGUGAGAGAACUCAUAGAUUAUCAUUGGGAAAUUUUUCUGUGGUAAGAUCUUAUGAUAAAACCAACAGGUGAUUUAGAUUUGGGUGUUCCAAAUACUUGGUUUGAAUUUGAAUGCGAAUGUAAUUGAGAUCUUGAUUUAUUAUUCUAGGGGGAGGUGAAAUGGUUGGAAUUGAAGAUUAAUUCAAUAUACAUGAGAGUGAAAGAGUAUUUCCUUCACCAAAAAAUCCAAAUUGUAGAAGAGAAUUAUGGAAAUCAUAAGAUGACAUAUAGGAGUAAUGAGAAAUGGAAGGUAGAUUUAUUGUUGUAAAUUUUAUUUCGAUGAAAAUUGGUAUCCAAAGGAAACAUCCUAAAACAUUUAUUAAUAAGCUGAUUACAAAAAAGUAACUAAAUCAGGCAGCACAUUAGGAAAAAAUAUGAUAAUUUAACAAAUUUUGGUAUUCUAAUAUAAAUUGAUGGA